AUGACCAAAGAAGAGUACUCGACGUUCGAGGAUAUCGUCGUAUCUCCUGAAGAGAUCUUGGCAUGCUCGUAUUCUCAGUGGUACCCUCUUUUCAAGUCUCAUACCGUCGAAUCAAAAAUCAUUGCCCCUUUACCCAAGCAGUUCUUGGAGUAUUUAGCCAGUGAAAGUAUAAAACUACCUGCCCAGGGAGACUACAUCCAAAACAUUGAAAUUAAUAGCGAAAACGAAUACAGUGACUGGGAAGAAGACGAACAUGAUACAGAGGACGAUGAUGAACCUAAUAGAGUCAUAAGCACUAGUGAUUUCAAAGAAUUACAUGAAAGUAUAGUAAAGCAUAUCCAGGAAUUAGGUGGAAAGGUGACACCAAAAUUGAAUUGGUCGGCACCUAAAGACGCGAAAUGGAUAAUGCCUGAUAACUCUAUACGGUGCAACCAUGUAAAUGAUGUGUAUCUUCUCUUGAAUUCUUCAGAUCAUAUCGUAGACGAUCUCGACUAUCCUUUCGCAGCCAGUGAAACCAAACCGGCGGAGGAUGUACAAUACGAGUUGGUGCUUCGAAAAUGGUUGGAUGUAAAUCCGGCCUUGGAGUUUAGAGUAUUUGUUAAGGAGAGCAAAAUCGUAGGCAUUUCGCAGAGAGACUUGAACCACUACAUAUACUUGGAAAGUAUCCAGGACAAAUUGAAAGACAAGAUUCUGGAGUUCAUCUACAAUAGUGUGGUUCCCAAUCUCAAGAAUAAAUUGUCGUUGGAUAAGUACAUUGUCGACGUGUAUGUGCCUAGACCAUACAACAAAGUCAAUAUCAUAGAUGUGAAUCCAUUCACCAGGAAAACUGAUCCGUUGUUGUUCACAUGGAACGAACUUCUUCUUAUAGACACUGCUGGUGAAGACACGGACAACUACGAGUUCCGGUUGGUCAACGAAACCAACUUGGGUCGUUUUGCAAAGAAAGAAUACAGCGAGAGUCAGGUGCCACUAGACGUUGUGGAUGCUGCUAUGAAUACUGACUCCAUGGUGGAAUUGGCGAGGGAAUGGAACAGAUUGCAAUUACAACAGGAAAGAUCUGGGGAAACUACUACACCCCAAGAUAAUUGA